AUGCCACCUCCUCUCCUUCUCUUUUUCCUCUUCUUCCUUACCCUGGUGGGAGUCAGGCCCCAGAAACAAGUGCUGAUGAAGGUUGAAGAGGGAGAUGAUGCCGUGCUGCCGUGCCCCAAGGAGUCCCUGGGGGAGUCCUCUGAGCCUCUGAGCUGGUAUCGGGGCUCCCAGCCAGUGCCUUUUUUAGAGCUAAGCUUGGGCUUACCAGGCCUGGGCAUCCAGGUGGGGCCCCUGGGCAUCCUGCUGAUCAUCUUCAACGUCUCGGACCAGAUGGGGGGCUUCUACCUGUGCCAGCCAGGACCCCCCUCUGAGCAGGCCUGGCAGCCUGGCUGGACAGUCAGCGUGGAGGGCAGUGGAGAGAUGUUCAGAUGGAAUGCUUCAGACCUAGAUGGCCUAGGCUGUGGUCUGGGGAACAUGUCCUCAGAGGGCCCCAGGUCCUUAGCUGGUUCCUCCACCAGCUCCCAAGUGUACGUGUGGGCCAAAGAUCACCCUGAGAUCUGGGAGGCAGACCCUCUUUGUGCCCCACCUCAGGGCAGUCCAAACCAGAGGCUCAACCAAGACCUCACCGUGGCCCCUGGCUCCAUACUCUGGCUAUCCUGUGGGGUGCCCCCUGCCUCUGUGGCCAGAGGCUCCAUCUCCUGGACCCAUGUGCACCCCAAGAAGCGUAGCAUCCCAUUGCUGAGCCUAAACCUGAAGGAAGAUUCUCCACCCAGAGAGAUGUGGGUGCGGGGAACCCGCUGGGGAGGGACUUCUGUGUUGCUACCCCAGGUCACAGUUCAAGAUGCUGACACCUAUCACUGUCACCAUGGCAACUUGACCAUCGAAAUUCAGCUGAAAGUCACCGCCAGGCCAGCAGUAUUGCGCUGGCUGCUGAAUGCUGGUGGCUGGAAGGUCCCAGUAGUGACUAUGGUUUAUCUCAUCUUCUGCUUGGGCUCCCUGGUGAGCUUUCUUCAUUUUCGGAGAGCCCUGAUCCUGAGGAGGAAAAGAAAGCGAAUGACGGACCCCACCAGGAGGUUCUUCAAAGUGACACCUCCCCCAGGAAAUGGGCCCCAGAACCAGUACGGGAACGUGCUUUCCCUGCCCACGACCACCUCCGGCACCGGACGUGCCCUGCGGUGGGCUGCUGGCCUGGGGGGCACUGCUCCACCCUCUGGACACCCGCAAAACGACUACCGUGAGGCUGAAGGCUUGAGGCCCCAGAGCCCAAGGGGAGCUGGUAAGGGAGGGAAGGAAGGGGAGGCCUACGAGGAGCCGGACAGCGAGGAGUUCUCUGAUUUCUAUGAGAACGAUGCCAACAACCUUGGGCAGGACCAACUCUCCCAGGAUGGCAGCGGCUAUGAGAACCCUGAGGACGGGCCCUUGGGUCCUGAGGAUGAGGACUCCUUCUCCAGUGCUGAGUCUUACGAGAAUGAAGAUGAAGAGCUAGCCUCGGUUCCCAGGGCAGUAGACUUCCUGAGCCCUCACAGGAUUGCCUGGGAUCCCAGCCGGGAGGCAACCUCUCUUGGGUCCCAAUCCUAUGAAGAUAUGAGAGGGAUCCUGUACGCAGCUCCCCAGCUCCACCCCCUUCAGGGCCAGCCUGGUCUCGGUCAUGAGGAAGAUGCAGACUCCUAUGAGAACAUGGACAACCCUGAUGGGCCAGAACCAGCAUGGGAAGGAGGUGGGCACAUGGGCACCUGGGGUGCCAGGUGA